AUGGAUGUGCAUAACGCUUUUCUUCAUGGGGAUCUCGAGGAAGAGGUCUAUAUGAAACUUCCGCCAGGCUUCAGGCAUUCUCAUCUCAGCAAAGUUUGUCGGCUCCGGAAAUCCUUGUAUGGUCUAAAACAAGCACCUCGUUGUUGGUUUAAGAAGUUAUAUGAUGCUCUGCUCCGCUUCGGCUUUGUGGAAUCUUACGAUGACUACUCUUUGUUCUCUUAUUCGUCUAAAGAUUUAGGCCGCCUCAAAUACUUUCCCGGCAUUGAAAUCUCUCGAGGUCCAACAAGAAUGUUUCUUUCUCAACGAAAGUAUGCUUUGAACAUUAUCGCUGAAACUGGAAAUCUCGGGUCUCGCCCGGCUGCGACUCCUCUCGAGCAAAAUCAUCAACUCCCCACGGUUGAUAGUCCACUUCUCGAUGAUCCUAAGAAGUACUGUCGUCUCCUAGGACGUUUGAUUUAUUUACUCAACACAAGGCCGGAGCUGUUCUACUCGGUCCAUUUGCGGUCUCAGUUUAUGCAAGCACCCACGUUGGCUCACUGGGAAGCUGCUUUACGUGUUGUACGUUACCUAAAGGGUUCGCCUGGUCAAGGCAUUUUUCUUCACUCUGAUCCCGAUCUUACGCUUACUGUGUACUGUGACGCAGACUAUGAUUCAUGUCCGUUGACUCGUCGUUCUCUCAGUGCCUUCGUCAUUAUGCUUGGAGGCUCACCUGUGGCUUGGAAAACAAAGAAGCAGAGCAAAAGAUCUUCAAAGCUAAAAUUACUUUUUGAUCUCUUUCGCUCUUUGUUAUGGCUGGAGACGAUGUCGAUGCUUCAGCCAGUGGAGAUGGUGCCAGUGGUAACCAGGUGGCCAGUGGCGGUUCCGGUGGAGCUGUGGUCGGUGUUGGUGUUAUCUCGCCGUACACGUUGUCGGCGUAGAUAA